GAGAUUGGUGAGAAGUCUCAGCUAUCAGGAUUGAACGGUUUAUUGAGGUUCUUGCAAAUUGGGUUAAGUACGGCAGUUGUUAAUGGGAAGAUUUCAAAUUGCAGCCAUUUCGAUUCUCUGUGGUCAAUUAAUCAGGAUGGCUUUCCCUUGAAUUCCCGUUGUGUACUGUAUAAAUCUGCUGUAGAGGAGGUGAGCAUAUGGGGUUGGCCUUUGCAGACAGCAGGAUUGCUCACAACUGGAUUUUCAUCCAAAUCAUUCACUGUGUUAUCUGGUAGAGUAACAAAGUGGUCAAAUGGUAGGAUCGGAUUUUCAGUUCACAAGGUAAAUACUUCAUGGGUGCAAAAGAGAUUGAGUGGAUCAGCGAUGCAAUUGGAUCCUAAUACAUGGGUUUUAGAGUAUCGGUGGAGCUCCAUCUUGGAGAACUCAAGGUUGUUUACCACAGCACUGGAGUUUUUGAAAUACAGGAUAUCAAUGGUGGCGAGAAAGGUAAAAGAAGAGUUCUGGGUGUUGUCUGAUUAUGGAAGCCAAUAUCGUAAGUUGACAGCAAAAGAGCAAAUCUUGAUCCCCACUUAGAAAAAUUAAUGGUUAUUGAAGAACAUUCAGUUCUCAUUGCUUGUGAGAAGCUUUCAAUUUCAGUUCUUCUAGAUAUUACAUGUGUUGAUAUUCCUUGAAUUGAAA